CUGAUACUGGUAGCGUUCAGUUAGCGUACAAUUGCCCCGAGACAAGCACAUACCGAGUGAUUCGAUGUCAGCGAUUUGAUUUUAAAGAUCUCUAAAGAUAACAUAACAAAAGGAUGAGCCAAAAUCUAAAGGAUAGUCUGCCCAAAGAGUUGCCAAUUGGCACUCUAACGGACCAUGGCAAGGAGCAAACGAAACAACAAUCAACGGAAACGACGGAUGAUAAAACGGAAAUUGCACAACUGACCCCAGCUGACUUUGAAACUGCCAUCGAUGCGGCUGGAUUUGGCAUGUUCAACAUAUUAUUAUUAGUGGCAGGAUUACCAGCUGCCAUGGGCACAGUGUACGAGACAUCGACCAUGUCAUAUAUACUACCAAGUGCCGAAUGUGAUUUGAAAUUAAGUUUACUGGAUAAGGGUAUAUUGAAUGCCGUCACUUAUGCUGGCAUGAUUAGCUCGGCCGUAUUAUGGGGCUAUCUGGCCGAUAUAAAGGGUAGACGAAAUUUGUUAGUCGUUGGCUAUAUCGCCGAUUCGAUAUGUGUUCUUGGCGGCGCCUUCAGUCAGAGUGUUAUACCGCUGAUGAUAUUCAAAUAUUUGGGAGGCUUUUGUAUGAGUGGUCCAUUUGCCGUCCUAAUGACCUAUCUAACCGAGUUGCAUGGCCGUCGGCAUCGACAACGUAUCAUGAUGAUGGUUGGCAUUAUGUUCUCAUUGGCCACUCUAUCGCUGCCAUGUUUGGCCAUGCUCAUUCUACCCUAUAAUUGGGAUAUUAAAAUUUUCGGACUAUCAUUGCAUACAUGGCAAGUUUUCGUUGCCAUAACAGCAACUCCCAGCAUAUUGAGUUUCAUACUAUUCCCCUUCUUUCCCGAGAGCCCCAAAUUUCUAAUGUCGAAAGGGCGAAAUGCCGAGGCAAUGGAAGCAUUUAAAUUCAUUUAUGCCCUAAAUACGCACAAAUCCCGCAAUGACUAUCCAAUCAAGUUAUUGGCCAAUGAGUUGACCGAUAGUACCACUCAGGACAAGCCAGUUGAUAACUCUGAGAAAUCAAAAGAUAUUGAGAUUAAAUUAUCCAAUGAAAAUGAAGUUUCCACCAUUGAACAAGAUCCAGAAUUGGGCAACAAUAAGAAUGAAAAUAUCAGUGAAAAGGAUCCGAAAGCAAGUUCUUUACGUUCAGGAUUCACACAGUUGCGUCCAUUGUUCACCAAACCGUAUUUAGGUCUGUCAUUAUGGGUAUAUUUGCUCAACUUUUGUGUAUUAUUAGGGCAAAAUACUAUGCGCCUCUGGUUACCACAACUAUUUGCCUCCAUCAAUGAAUACGAGGGUCUGGCCGCCCAACAAGAGGACGAAUUCCAUGAAACGAGCAUGUGCACCAUAUUGGAAUAUAGUGUGAAUCGCACACAAUGCCAAUUGGAGGCAGCCUCUUUAGCGGGUUCGGAUAUGGAGUGCACAGUGAAUGUGAGUGCAGCAACUUAUUCCAACAAUUUAAUUGUGUCUGCUGCCGGACUUGUAUCCUAUAUGUUGGCUGGAUUUCUGGUGAAUUUGGUUGGCGUUAAACGUAUAUUAACACUGUGUCUCUUCUGUGCCGGCUGCUGUUCCAUUGGCUUGUAUUGGUCGAAUUCAGCUGCCACCACAGUGGCCCUGGCCUCACUCUUUGUCACCAUGGGCAGUAUAUCAGGAACUUCUGUGAUAAGUGCAUCCGUAAAUUUAUUUCCCACAUCAUUGCGCACUAUGAUUGUCUCACUGGAAAUGAUGUUCGGUCGCUUGGGCUCACUGUUGGGCAAUAUAUUCUUUCCAGCACUCAUGGGCUUGGGCUGUAUACCGCCCUUCUUUAUGAUCAGCCUUUUUAUGUUAUCUGGUUGCCUCAUGGCUGCCUUUUUGCCACUGAAGAAUAAAGCGGCAUUGAAAUGAAAUGGGGAAACGACGUACAAAAAAGCAAAAUACGAAAAAAUACCAAAGUUUUAGUUUAGUUUUUAG